AUAUUAUUACGAAUUCAAAUUUCGAAGCAUUUGUUUACGUAGAGUUUAAAUCUAUAAUUUUAUAUUAUUUGCAGUUAUUUUGAUAUUAUACAUAAAUGGAUGAAUUGAGAGGACCUACCAUACAAAUCGUGCUGCAUGUGAAAGAGGGACUUGGGUUUGGUUUUUUACGAUCGCCUUUUAUUGUAAGUGGUUCCUUGAAUGGAUAUAUGCUAGAAACUGAUCCGACUGUGCCCACCCACGCACCAGUCUUUGAUGCGGAGCUAGUUUGGGAAGCUGAUAAAAGAAAAUUUCGAAGUUUACGAGUACAAAAUGUACCAGUUAAAGUGGAGGUGUUCACAACUGGCUCUCAAGGCAGAAAGGAUAAAGUUGGAUAUCUACUGCUCAGUCUGCUUGGAGCUCAACCGUGCCCUGCUAACAAAUUUGUUGAUGUAAAACAUUCAUGGCACAAAUUACUAGGUGUGAAAUCGGAGGGAAAGUGUUGCCAUCCACAACUUUUGAUGAGUCUUACCAUUGAAGAUAGAGUCAGCACACCAACUCCUAGGAAUGAAUUAAGAAUGUUUCACAGCAAUGAAAUUGUGAAUCCAUCCAGUAGGCAAGAAAAAAAUCCACCAGCAUCGAAAUCUAUUUUGUUAAAAGUUGAGGAAUAUAUAGCGGAAAGCAAGAAAAUGGCCUCGUCAUUAGAUUUACAACCAAAGUUGAUUUGCGAGGAAGGUCUUAUUCAGAUUGGUGAUGGGAACCAUUUGUUUGUGUUGAGCCUUGUUAUUGGAUCUGUGGAGAAUUUGGACUUGCUGUUGCCAGACACAUUAAAGGAGACAGCGUUUUCUUAUGUGACAUACACAGUGUUUACACAUAAUAUUAUGACAGACAGAGUGAGUGCAACAUCACUAGGCACUUCUAGUAGAGCCCAGUUCAACCAACGCACAUCACUUCGUUUGCAAACAGAUCUGUCCACUCUGGGCAGGUAUUUUGCAGAAUGCCCACACCUUGUGACUAGAGUGUGUGUGGGUGAAAGGGAUGUUGGUAUCUGCAGCAUGGACCUCCGAAAACUAGUUCCCACGGAUGACAUACAACUUUUCCUAACGAAUUUCUGCAAUAAUGACAAAUCGCUAACAGUUCACGAGCGUUGUUUUAUUCUGCGGUGCGAUGACGUCAUCAGGGAAGGUUCUAGACGCCCGUACAUUGAUGUGGAGCUUAGCUUGAAGUAUCUUGGUGUUAAGAAAAAUGCUCAGAAGCCCCUUCUAACAGCCCGCAGUGCUACUCAACUAAAAGCAGAACAGCAGGUGGUGGUGGAAUCGGAAGACAUAUUGACCCUGGGCCGAGCUGGUAGCUGCACUGAUCUGGGGGGUGUCGGGGGGUACCGGGGGGUGGGAUCUUGUAAUACUGCCAGAUACACUAAUGCCUCUGGUGAAGCGAUGCUACCAACAAAUGAAAUAGCGGAAUUAAUAAAGAAAAUGUGCGAUACAUUCGCGUCAAGCCAAGAGAAAUUACUGGCAACACAUAAAACCACGUCAGAUAUGCAAGUGCAGUGUGAUGAUGUACAGGAAGAGAAAGAGUUGGUAGGAGAUAGUAAGAAAGAAGAGAAUGUGGAAGAUUUAAUUGAACCUGAACCCGUUAAAUUGGAGGCUACAAAAAGUGACACAUGCUUUACGGCCAAUGUAAGAGAUGCCGUAAAUAAAGUAUUAACGGCAGCGGAUCGCGACACAAUCAUGCAGAAGUUUGUGGAAGAGCUCGAGGACUGGAAGGAGAAACAACAGGAACUGUUUAGAAUACAGUUAAAACGCAAAGAAGACUACCAUCUCGAUCUCUUAUCCGCCGAAUGGAUGAAACGUCGCACAGAACUAGAAAGCAAGCUAACCCGCGGGAUAGAGCAGUGUCGGCAGCUCGCGAGCGAUCUCAGCAGGGCCACGGGGGACUUUGCGUUACGGGGACAUAGGAACACGCAGAGGGAGAGGAAGCUAUUAGAAGCAAAGAAAGCUCUAGAAGAACAUUACACAGCGAAAUACAAAGACUUAAGAGAAGCGUCACAAAAGAUGGAAGACGAUAUGAAUCACCAGCUCAAAUUAAAAGACCUCGCUAUAGAAGAAUUGCAGUUGAAGAUUGAGAAAAUGGAGAAAGUCAUUGAUGGACUUAAAAUGGAUCUGAAAAAUGUUGAAAAGGAUGCUGAGAGUAGGUGCUCUGGAUUAACGAAAGAUCAAACCGCUAGUCUAAUUCAGGAGUUGCGAUGUCUAGAAGAGAAGCUAGAAAGCAGCCGGCAAUCGAAAGCAUUCUUCAAAGAGCAAUGGGGUCGAGCCGUGCGUGAAUUACAUCGCGCCAAAUUAACCGCGCGGAAACAGCUCUUACAUACUCUCAGGGAUCAGCGGAGACAACUGGCUGACGGGUUGGAUCCCAUUGAAGAUCAAGAAGAAACGGUAAUGGAUGACAAGAACGAUGUCGACAUAAAUAAACUCAAAGAUGACUUCUACGUGGACAUCUUAGCCAACUCACCGGCGAUUGAGUCGCGCUCGCUUAUAAGUACGUCCGGUCCAGAUGGAAUGGAGAUUUAUGACGAUUUAAUAAAAGCGCCAAUAAAUCCGAUGAAUUCUCGCCUCAAGGACUUGAUGUUACAACGUGAACAACUCGUCGCUAACGAACAAACAGACGAACAAGCUCUGCGAGCGCUUAACACUGAAAUACGCAAUAUAUUGAUAAAUUGUGCUACUUGAUGUUAUAAAUAAAUUUAUAGUUCAAUUAG